CCCAGAUUAUCUCCUUACUAGGACAAAAGUGCAGCACUAGGAAGGACUGCGGAUGGUGUUUCCUCUGGAGCAAGACAUUGAGGGCACACGAAGGAUCAUUCUGCCUGUCCCACUGCGUCCGUGCCCAGCUUCACCUGUGAUGGCACGUAAUUAAUGGUCAUGUGGUGUCUUUUCUAAACGCAGGCCUUGGGGAGCGGGCAGGCAGUGCGCUCCUCACUUCACAACCCCCCACCUUAGAACAACUCUUAGGAAGUAGGCAGUAGCAGGGUUGUUUCCCAUGAUGUCAGAGGAAUUAAAGACCUGACAAAGGUGGGCUUUGGAUUCUCAAGGACCCCAAGAGGGUUUCCCCAUUCUGAGUUCCACAGUGAAAACCCUGGAAGCCCUUGGGGGAAGUUUGUUAGGAAGUCCUAGCUGGCUGCUCAGAAGACAGACCGUGUUUUCUAAAUGAAUGGGAGCUUACGGACAUGGUGGUGUGGGUAACUGGAGCGUCAAGUGGCAUUGGCGAGGAGCUGGUGUACCAGUUGUCUAAACUCGGAGUUUCUCUUGUGCUGUCAGCCAGAAGGGUACAUGAGCUUGAAAGGGUGAAAAGAAGAUGCCUAGAGAAUGGCAAUUUAAAAGAAAAAGAUAUACUGGUUUUACCCCUUGACCUGACUGACACAAGUUCCCAUGAGGAGGUGACCAAAGCUGUUCUGCAGGAGUUUGGUAGGAUUGACAUUCUGGUCAACAAUGGUGGGAGAUCCCAGCGUUCUUUGGUUGUGAAUACCAGCCUGGAUGUCUUCAAGGAGCUAAUAGAGCUUAACUACUUAGGCACAGUGUCCUUGACAAAGUGUGUCCUACCUCACAUGAUUGAGAGGAAGCAAGGGAAGAUCGUUGUUGUGAAUAGCAUUUCAGGAAUUGUAUCUGUACCUGUUUCCAGUGGAUAUUGUGCCAGCAAACAUGCGCUUCGGGGAUUUUUCCAUAGCCUGCGAACUGAACUUGUUGAUUAUCCAGGUAUAACAGUUUCUACUAUUUGCCCUGGACCUGUGCAGUCGGACAUAGUGAAGAAUGCCUUUAGUGAAGAAGUCACUAAGACUGUGGAGAACAAUUUCGACCAGUCAUACAAGAUGGCAACUAGUCGCUGUGUGAGGCUGAUGUUGAUCUCCAUGGCCAAUGAUUUGAAAGAAGUUUGGAUUGCAGAUCAGCCUUUCUUGUUGAUGGCAUAUUUAUGGCAAUAUAUGCCAACCUUGGCAUGGUGGUUAACCAACAAAGUUGGGAAGAAAAGAAUUACAAACUUUAAGAGUGGUAUGGAUACAGACUCCUCUUAUUCUACAAUGUGGAAGAAAAAACAUGACUGAAAGGAGAAUUGCAUUUUCAAGCCACUGGAAAGAGAACUGCAAAACAUAAAUACAGCAAACUCUAUGCGAAGAAAACCAGUUGAAGACUGAUUUGUGAUUUUUGCUAUUUUUUUUUUGACCUAGGGUUUUACUAUGUAGCUCAAGCUGGCCUCCAACUUGAGAUUGUCCUGCCUCAGUCUCUUGAAUGCUGAGAUUACAGGCAUGCGACUCCAUUUCCAGCUUGAUUUUAAAUUUUUAUAUAACUUUCCUUUCAACAUGUAAUGAAUAAUAAAGUAAAUAUUGUCAUGAAUCCUACAAAAAGUAUUAAAGCACACUACAUCCUUGAAGGAAAGAACAUUUAAUAAUACUUUAGCAUCUGUGUUUAACACCUAGAUUAGCAAAAUCUAAUCAAAGAUUUAUACUAAUGCAAUUAACAUAGUCUCAGUCCAUCUUUGCUUCUGUAACAAAAUAGCACUGACUAGCUAUGUUGGAAACAAUAGAAAUUUGUUUGCCACAGCUCUGGAAGCUGAGAACAUCAUGUUCAAUGCACCAGCAGGAUUGGAGAGUAGCAAGGCUCAUCUCUGCCUCCAAGAUGGUGCUUCUUAGCGUGUCCUCCAGAGGUGAGAAUAAGGAUGGAAGAACAAAAGUGAUAUCUAUCAUCAAGAAACCUUUUUACAAGGACUCCUUAUUCCAUUCAUGACUCAGUCAUCUAUGAAGUGCGUGCCUGUUACUAGGGUUGGACUGGGGAUUAAGUUCACAAAAAUUUUGGAAGGAAUAGAAACAUUCAAACCAUAGCAACAAAACUGUAUGGGAUAUUUCUCAUAAACAAAUUGCUUUGUAAUAAGAAAAUGUAAAGAAGUAUUUAGAAAGACCCAACCUCCAAGAAUCUUACACUCUUAGAAGAGUGGACAGGUAGAAAUUACUGUAAUUUGAAGCUUUGAGUAGGACUCACAGAAGUCAUCACUUAUUAACACCUGGAGCCUGACAUUUGCUGUACUGGGGUAGUUAGUGUUAGUUAUCUCACUUGUUGCUUAUGAUAGCAGCUAAGGUAGGUGGUAAUUUCUACCUUUAUACCUGAAGAAUGGGAAGCCCAUGACAACUAGAUAUAAGUUUUCCAAAAUUCCAGAACUAGUGAGGGUUAAAGUCAGGAUUAAACUCAGUUCAGGAGAACUCCCCUUUAACUCCUUACUGCUGUAACAAUAAACUAUUUUUUGGCAUCACUGGGGUUUGAACUCAGGAUUUCACAUUUUCUAGGCAGGGGCCACACCCCCAGCAUGACUGGAUUUUUUUUUUCUUUUUGGUGGUACUGGAGUUUGAAUUCAUGGCCACCUCUAUUGCUUGAAACAUACCUGCAGCAAGUUUUACUUUAAUGUUUAGUACCUUCCAGGAAACAUCAUCCAUAGGCCUUAAUAGGAAUGCAAGAAGAGCAACAGAAGAAAACCAGGAUGCUCAUAUAAGCAAUUCACAGUUCCUCUGGAGCCAAAGCUAAAAUAACUGUAGAAUUGUCAUUUGGAACAUUGGAGGCCACCCUAGUGCUAUCAGUGGGAAAGGGGGAAGGUGACAUGGUGCAGGUGCACCAUGAUGUACAUCAGGUAGAAACAAUGAAACACAUGCACACACAUGCGGGUAUCCUAGAAACAUGCACUGCAGCCCAAUACUGUCUACCUGCAUUGGACGUGUGUGCAUAGAAGAUGGUGCGCAUUGGGUCACGAUGUGCCCAUUGACACACUGCGGUAAUGUUGUAGUGGUUGGUUGGGAUGGGGAGGGGAUGGGGUGCAUCAUGGGGAUAGAAGGUAAUAAACAAAUAGGGGUCUUGUAUGACUAGUGAUGACAAUGGCACUUUGAUUUGUUGAAUACCUUAUGCCUUUGGAAAAAACAAAAAGAUUGAUCUGAUUCUAGAAUGCAAGAAAAUAAAGCAUAUGUCUUGUGGCAUUGUAAUAAAAUAAUGUUGAAACCUUUUUUUUGAGUAAUACAUGACUUGUUCUGAACAUUGAAAGAGGGAAGUUGAGAUAGUCAAAGAGCAGGAGGUUGGAACUGGGCAGUUGUGUUCUAUUCGUCAUUGAAUCCCGAGUACUUGCUGGGUAUUGUGCCUGCCUGGUUUACGUCUUGUGGAGGUGGGUAUGUCAUGCAUUCCUGAGCUCCAGAAUGUCAUGAACAAAAGCUUACAGAGACAAGUUGGGUGGGGACAAAGGGAAAAGUAAUGUGAUCAGUUUACUCCACUAUUCCAGUUAAUGCAAGUUAGAAAAGGUAUAUGCAAAUUGAAUGAUUUUUAAGAUAUAUCUUUAUGGGGCUGAAAUGAUAGAACACCUGCCUAGAAAGUGUGAAGCCCUAAGUUCUAACCCCAGUACUGCACAAAAAUCAAAAAACAACCCAAACCUACUAUACCUCUACCGUCAUCACGCUUAAUCCAUGGAGUCCUUUGGGAUGGGCGUGGUGGCUCACGCUGUAAUCCC